CAGUAAAGUCAGAAGAAAUCAAUACAUUGACUGGUUCAAUUUCAGUCAUAUAAUGAAUUUACCGACUCAUCUGCUCGUUCUGCGUCUUGAUUUUUGUGUGCGUGCAAUGCGUUUUGUGUGACCCUCCCCCCCUCCGUUUACACGACGUGUUUCCUUCCUGCCUCAUGUGGCUCGAGCUGAAGUGAGGAGUUUAACGUUUACUUCGUAUUGAUUUAUGUUUCUCUCUCUCCACACAAUCUCGGAACAAAAUGCUAAUUGGGAAGGAGAUUCCGUGGAGACGUUUGGAAAGUAUCUCGUUCAACGUCUAUUCCACAGAAGAUAUCAGGAAGCUGAGCGUAAAAGCAAUCACGAAUCCUUAUUUCCUGGAUAAUGUGGGCAAUCCAGCAGCGAAUGGUCUUUACGAUUUGGCAUUAGGUCCAGCUGAUUCGAAGGAAGUAUGUGGUACCUGUGCGCAAGAUUAUAAUAAUUGCCCUGGACACAUUGGCCAUAUAAAUCUCCCAUUAACUGUCUAUAAUCCGCUAUUUUUUGAUAAACUGUAUCUGUUGAUAAGAGGCUCCUGUUUGAAUUGCCAUUUCCUGACAUGCCCCCGUGCAAUGAUGUACCUGCUGCUAAAUCAGUUGAAAGUUAUAGAUGUCGGAGCCAUUGAAGCUGUUUAUGAGUUGGAGAAUGUACUGAAUAAGGUGCUGGAGGAAAAUUCAAAUGCCACUGUGGAUGAAAUCCAGACUGCACUGAAUGAACAUACUUUAAUUAUUCUGAACAAUCGUAUGAAUGACAAAGUUUCCCGGGUAAAAAAUGUGAGUGACUGCAAAGAUAAAUUGAUAGGCGAUUUCUGGAAAAAUCAGAUGAAAUCAAGGAAGUGUCCAAACUGCCAAGCUGGCAAAUCAGUUGUGCGGAAAGAACACAACAGCAAACUAAUUGUGACAUAUCCCACAAUUGCUCUGAAAGUCAAAGAGAAUGAAGAUACAGCUGAGGCUGUGGAAGACAGUGGAGGUCUUGAUGAUUUGCUGUUAGGAAAACGAGGAUUUCUGACUCCCACUACUGCAAGAGACCACAUGUUGGCACUGUGGAAAAAUGAUGGCUUCUUCCUGAAAUAUCUAUUUCCUGGCUUGAGAAUACAUGGGAAUACAAAGUCCAGCUGGAAUCUUGACAUGUUUUUUCUGGAUGUACUUGUUGUACCUCCUUCCAGAUUUCGUCCAGUCAAUCGACUGGGAGACCAGAUGUUCACCAAUGGUCAAACGGUUAAUCUGCAAGCUGUGAUGAAAGAUGUUCAAGUGAUACACAAGCUUCUGGCUCUAAUGGCACAGGAGCAAAUCAAGACAGUGCAAUCCAUUUACACAGAGGAGAUAUCAGCGAUACCUGUUCCAGAAGACAAGACACCAACCAGGAUGGACCUUGCCUUUUUAGCUGGUAUUCCUGGACAGACAUUGACAGAUAAACUCUACAGUGCCUGGAUACACCUUCAAAGCCAUGUCAACAUUGUUUUUGACAGUGAUAUGGACAAGCUGAUUACAGACAAGUUUCCGGGUGUCCGUCAGAUCCUGGAGAAGAAGGACGGUCUCUUCCGUAAACACAUGAUGGGAAAACGUGUGGAUUAUGCAGCUCGUUCAGUCAUCUGCCCUGACAUGUACAUCAAUACCAAUGAGAUUGGUAUUCCAAUGGUUUUUGCUACAAAGCUAACCUAUCCUCAGCCAGUGACACCAUGGAAUGUGCAGGAGCUGAGGCAAGCAGUAUUAAAUGGGCCGAAUGCACAUCCUGGGGCUUCUAUGGUAAUUAAUGAAGAUGGGUCUCGUACUAUUCUGAGUGCAUCAAACCCAACCCAGAGAGAAGCCAUUGCCAAACAACUGUUAACACCAAGCACUGGCGAACAGAGCUUAGGCAUGAAAAUUGUGUGCCGGCAUAUUAAGAACGGAGAUGUUCUGUUGCUGAACCGUCAACCUACUUUGCACAGGCCGUCCAUCCAGGCCCACCGGGCCCGGAUCCUACCAGGAGAGAAGGUCCUGCGGCUUCACUAUGCGAACUGUAAAGCCUACAAUGCUGAUUUUGAUGGGGAUGAAAUGAAUGCACACUUUCCACAGAAUGAACUUGGCCGAGCAGAGGCUUAUGUAAUUGCUAGUACUGACGAACAGUAUUUGGUUCCCAAGGAUGGGAAGCCUUUGGCAGGUUUAAUUCAGGAUCACAUGGUUUCUGGCACCAGCAUGACAAUCCGUGGCCGUUUCUUCACACGGGAACAGUACAUGGAGCUUGUUUACCGAGGCCUUACAGAUAAAAAGGGCCGGGUGAAGAUUCUUCAACCUGCUGUGCUUAAACCGUAUCCACUUUGGACUGGAAAGCAGGUUGUUUCAACGCUGCUGAUUAAUAUAAUUCCCAAGGAUCAAAUGCCAUUGAACUUGAUAGGGAUAUCUAAAAUCAGUGGCAAGGCUUGGGUUAGAGAAGCUCAGCGCAUGGUGGCGACCUUUGGUCUGGAGUGGAUGUCUGAGUCCAAGGUUGUCAUUCUGGAAGGAGAGUUGCUGUGUGGUGUUCUGGACAAGGCACAUUAUGGAAGCUCAGCCUAUGGCUUGGUCCACUGCUGUCAGGAACUGUAUGGUGGUGAGACAAGUGGAAAAGUACUGACCUGUCUGGCUCGCCUCUUUACUGCUUACCUCCAGCUGUAUAGGGGAUUUACUUUAGAUGUUGAAGAUAUUCUAUUGAAGCCCAAGGCAAAUGCGAAGAGGCAAAAAAUCAUUGAAGAGUCAACUCAAUGUGGAGCCAAGGCUGUCCGAAAAGCUUUUAACUUACCAGAGAGUGCCUCAUGUGAUGAAGUUCAGGACAAAUGGCAAAAUGCUCAUCUCAGUAAAGAUCCCAAGGACAUAAAUGUGGUGGAUUUGAAAUAUAAGGAAGAAGUGAAUUUGUACAACAACCAAAUCAACAAGUCCAGUAGUCCCAAGCGCAGGAUGAGGAAGUUCCAUUUGGAUUAUAAUCAGUUUAAAAACUUGACUGGGCCUUUCUCUUCUUUUCUUAGUUUAAAGGAGCUGUUGUAUCUCAAGUGGCAACGAGCUCUAUGUGAGCCAGGAGAGGCCGUAGGGCUCCUUGCUGCACAAAGUAUUGGAGAACCAUCAACACAGAUGACACUGAACACUUUCCAUUUUGCUGGCCGAGGAGAGAUGAAUGUCACAUUGGGUAUCCCCAGGUUGCGUGAAAUUCUCAUGGUGGCGAGUGCUAACAUUAAAACUCCAAUGAUGAGCAUUCCUGUUUUGAACUCAAAGAAAGCAUUGAAGAAGGUUAAAAAACUGAAAAAGCAGCUCGCAAGGGUGUGUUUGUCAGAGGUUUUACACAAAAUUGAGGUAAAAGAUUCUUUCCAGGUUCAAGGCACGCUGGAGAAGUUCAGAAUUUACCGAAUAACAUUUCAUUUCCUGGCUUACAAUCUGUACCGACAAGAGAAAUGUUUGACACCAGAUGACUUAUUGCACUACAUGGAAACAAGGUUUUUUCAACUGCUGCUUGAUGGCAUCAAAAAGAAAAGUGCCAAGCUGGGUUCAUUUAAAGCUGUCAAUGUCCGGAAGGCCACACAGAAGGAUCUUGAUCAGGACUCUGGAGAGAGUGAUGGGAAGCAGGCAGAAGAUGACCAUGACCUUCAAGGCGAAGCUGAGGCCCCAAUCAUUGAUGCAGAAGCAGAAGAAGGAGAUGCAGACGCAACAGAAGCUAAAAGGCGUGAAAAACAGGAGGAGGAGAUUGAUUAUGACAGCGAAGGAGAAGAGGCUGGAGAUAAUGCAGAUGAACCAGAAGAGAAAGAAGAUGAUGAUUUUCCAUCUAGUGAGCAAAAUGAAGUCACAGACCAAAACCUUUUGGAAUGUCCCUAUAAUUUCACCAAGGUCACCAAAGAAAAGAGGAGAAGAAAGCAAACUAUCACAGAGACCAUGGAUGAGCUGAGAGUGAAUGCAGUUUUGAAUUUACAUUCUGCUAUUGAAGAUUAUAAAUAUGAUGUAGCUGACAGUCUUUGGUGUGAGGUAAGAUGUGAAACUUUGGAUCUCAAUCGUUUAUAUUCAAACGACAUCCAUGCCUUUGCCAACACAUAUGGUAUUGAAGCUGCUCUAAGAGUCAUAGAGAAAGAAAUAAAAGAUGUCUUUUCUGUAUAUGGCAUUCAAGUGGAUCCUCGCCAUCUUUCUCUUGUGGCAGAUUACAUGUGUUUUGAUGGUUCAUACAAACCAUUUAAUCGAAUUGGCAUGCAGUCAAGCUCCUCGCCCCUUCAGCAGAUGACCUUUGAAACCAGCUAUAAGUUCUUAAAACAUGCAACCAUGCUCGGUUCUCAGGAUGAAUUGAAGUCUCCAUCAGCCUGCCUGGUGGUGGGGAAAGUAGUCCGUGGUGGCACUGGCCUUUUUGACCUGAAGCAGCCUCUUAGAUGAAUGCUCUUUUCUGAUUUCUCGUCUCACUAAGAACUAUUGUUAAAAGUAGACAUCGAUGGAAUAUUUUAUUUGUGUAUAUUUUACAUAUUUUAUAAAAUACCGAAUUGGAAGAGACAAAUAAGAUGACUGGUGUCUGUACUAUCAGCCUCUUCACAGCAGCAGGUGGUGAACCAGCACCUACAACCUGAAGUUGCUUUGACCUGCUUCUAAUUGCAGUGCAAAAAAGCAGCCAAAGCUAUGUAGAUAAGACGACGAAAUGUACUAAAGUCUCACGCAAGUUGCAGUUAAGUGAUGGAAGCCAGUAGGAGCAAAUCCGAGGAUGUUCACACGUGGUGCCACGAGUUGACAGCAUUUACCGUCUUCCUGGGUGGAGAAGUAUGAACCUCGGUCCUGUGCCCAGGAACAUUGAAAUAAAUAUCACUGGCCAGUAAUGGUGACAUGUUUUUCAUGAAGCUGUUGUCACCCAUGCAAGUCAUCUUGCGGAGCCAUCUUUAUAUUAAUUAUAGAAUUGAAUAUAUAAUCUGCUCUAUCUCCUCAAUCAGGUCCUGACUGGCCCAGCCUGAAGUGACUGAGUUCUGUCAUCGGAUAAUGGCAAGUUUCUUCUCCACAGUUUCCUGCCCCUUGGAAGACUGCUCCCAUUCCCUCCUGCUCCUCAGUAUCUAUCAGGUCACCACAUAGCCUGCUCCAGUUGUGCAGAGCACAUUACAUCAGGAUGAUGCGGCAUGCUCUGUGCAGACUAUUCUGGAGGGACUCGCUGCAGCAGCACACCACCAACCCCUGCUACCCACCCCACCAACAACUACACCUUCAGCCCUAUAGUCAGCUCCUGGUUGUGGCAUGGGCACCAAUUUUGGUGCAGGUGCAAUGCCUGCUGAGUGACCAACACUGGCCCUGAUCUGCCUUUCCAAAAUGCAGCACCUCACAUUUAUCUAAAUUAAAUUCCAUCUGCCACUCCUCGGCCCAU